GCCCUAUAUAUGUGACAACAAAGUGAGGAGAUCCCGGAUUGAUGCAAUAUCAUGGACGUGGCCCAGGACAAAGUCCUCGACACCAAGGAAAUCGCCUUUACCCGGCGCCUUAUCGUUCUGGAGGGGGUUGGCAUGUGGGGUUGCUGCCACAGCGAACAUCCUAUUCUGGUCAUGGAGCCUCUUGGCAUCUCCAACGCUGUGGCUCCAGCGACUUUGACCUUCCCGAUGCGAUAUGCAAUCCGCAUCAUGGGCUCUCGGCGUGCGGGAGGCGGCCCCGGAGACCAGCUCCUGCCAGCUUCCUUGUCCGCCCUCACCCCGGAGGCUGCAGUGGAACGCUGACGGCGUGGCUAUUAAUGAGGCCGGCCUUCGCAA